AUGGCGACUCAAGAUCCGCACACUAUAUCGCAACUGGUGAAAAGCCUGGAGACUGCUCGCAAGGCUAAAAAGGGCGAGACAAAGUUCACCUGCAAAAAGAGCACGUUUACGGUGGCAGGUACCAAUAAUGUGACCGUGGACUCAUGGAAGUUCAUGGACUGGGACUACAAGCACGCCGGUCUGCCAACAUAUGCCCGAGGUCUCUUUACUACCACACGGAGGGACAACAUUCCCGAAAUUGCGACGCGUGGAUAUGACAAGUUCUUCAACGUAAACGAGACAAGGGCCACAGAAUGGCGCAACGUCGAGAAAAACACGAGAGGUCCCUACGAGCUGAGUGUGAAGGAGAAUGGAUGCAUUAUCUUCAUUUCUGCUUUGGAGGACGACAAAUUGCUAGUUUGCAGCAAACACUCGACUGGAGCCCGCGAUGAUACAAAACUCACCCACGCGCAGGCAGGAGAACGCUGGACGGAACGCCACGUCUCGUCCGUGAAUCGAUCUGUCAAGGAGCUUGCCCGAACUCUGCGUGAGAUGAAUGUCACAGCAGUUGGCGAACUUUGUGACGACACUUUUGAGGAGCAUGUGCUGGCCUACGACGAAGCUUCCUCCGGAAUUUAUCUCCACGGUCUCAACUACAACCAGCCCGACUUUCAGACAAUGUCUUGUGACCAGGUGCACAAAUUCGCUGACGACUGGGGCUUCAAGAAGGCCAAGUUCGAGGUCUUUGAUGAUAUCUUCAGAGUGCAGAGCUUUUUAGAAGGAUGCGCGGAGACAGGAACAUGGGAUGGACGUGAGACCGAGGGUUUCGUCAUCCGAUGCCAGCUGAGCGACAAUGGAACUGGGCCCUACCGGAAUUGGUUCUUUAAGUAUAAGUUCGAAGAGCCAUACUUGAUGUACCGCCAGUGGCGUGAAUGCACCAAAGCCGUUAUCGGAGGAAAACACCCCAAGAUCAGGAAGCAUGAGAAGGUCACAGAAGAGUACUUGCAGUUUGCCCGACGGAUUCUGAUGAAGAACCCUAAGAUGGCAACUGAUUACAUGAAUAACCACGGGAUCAUUGCUUUGCGAGACGAGUUCCUCAAGGAACGAGGAUUGAAUGGAUCUGAACUUAUCGCUCUGGAGGCUAAAAAGCUGAGCGAAUCGCAGGAGACCAGCAAAAAUGUCAUCCUCGAGCCAAUUGCCUCGCUAGGAUGUGGAAAGACGACAGUUGCCUUGGCUCUAGUUAAGCUGUUUGGAUGGGGACAUGUCCAGAACGACAACAUCCCCAAACAAAAGGGCAAGCCGAAGAAGUUCGCUUUCGAGGUCAGCCAUGCUCUGGCAGAGCACAGUGUUGUCAUCGCCGAUCGCAACAACCAUCAACGGCGCGAACGCACGCAGCUCAUGGAGGAUAUCUACCCUGUUCUGCCGGAUGCACAGUUCGUCGCUCUGCAUUACGUCCACGAGCCCAAGGCAGACAUGCUCCCCGCCAUUCGAGAAGUCACUCGAAAACGUGUGCUAGAGCGUGGUGACAACCACCAAACCAUCCGGGCUGGCACCAACGACCAGCAUGAGACCAUCGGAAUCAUGGAGGGAUUCCUCGGCCGCUUUGAAGGCAUCGACACCAGCCGCUUGCCAGAUAUGAACCUCGACCACAUCAUCGACCUUGAUGUGUGUGCCUCGUCUCGCGAGAACCUCGAAACUGUUGUCAAAGCCCUACACGCUGCCUACCCUCGCCUAGUGCCAACCAUGCCAACGGCAGCAGAACUCGAUGAAGCUAUCGCAGCUUCCCUCGACGAGUACCGCGUGACAAAAGAUCUCAGCUACAGUUACGCCCCCUCACCAAAGCAAAAGAACAAAACCAAACCCCAAGAAACUGGCCCGCUCCCCGAACCUACAGACUCCCGCUUCUCCCCAGAAGCCCUCUCAAAAAAGAUUGAAUACUUCAACAUCUCCCUCCCAACAGCCGAAAUAACCACAAUUCUCCGCUCCCUCUUCACACCAACGACACCCCCAGAGACAGCUCGUCUCUACAAUCAACUCUUAAACUUCCGCCGUCUCCAACCCACAUUCCACGUAACGCUCAUCCACCGCGCCUCAAAGAAAGACAACCCAGAAACCUGGGACCACCUAGCAAACCGCUACAUCGAAACCCAGACUAAAACCCCAGUCUCAAACCCAAUCCAGCACCCGCCGACCCUAGGCUCCGCGCGCGUGCGCAUCGAGCGUCUCGUCUGGGACAACCGCAUCAUGGCAUUCGUCGCGCGCAUCCUACCUGCCGAAGGCGUCGAGGCGGAGGGUGCUCAGGCAACUAGUGUGGCCGAGUGGCCGUGCGCGAAUCCCAUUCCGCAUAUCACAGUUGGCACGGCAUCGCAGGAUGUUAAGCCGAAGGAGAGUAACGAUUUGCUGAAGCGGUGGCUUGAGGUUGGGUCUGGUGGGGAUACGGGCAUUUUUGAGGCGGAGGUUGAGGGCGUGAAAGUUGUUGAUGGUAUUGUUGGGUUGGUUAUGGCCCGGGGGAAAUACUGA